AUGACCACCACCAAUAAAUCAGGGAUUUCAUGGAAGUCGUUGAAGACAAAGAGAAUGGAUUGUUUCUUCGUCAAAUCCUUCAGCAAGGUAAAUUCUGAGCAUAAAAGUAAAUAUAGUGCUUGGGCAACUCCAGAUCCAGUAUCCUGGACUUCCAAAGAAUAUGUUAUUGUGAGGGCAGAUGAGAGAGGACUGGGUCAAAGUCCUGGACUCUUAGAUACAAUAUCUCGAGGCACGAGCGAGUGUUUCUUUGAUGUUGUUGAGUGGGCAUCGGAGCAAUCUUGGUCUUCCGGAAAAGUUGGACUAUUAGGAAUCAGUUGUUAUGCAGGCAGUCAAUGGCGUGUCGCAGCUCGUAGGCCAAAGGGUCUUGCGGCUAUUACUCCAUGGGAGGGAAUGACUGAUUAUUACCGCGAUCGGUGCAGACAUGGUGGAAUUCUCUCAGAUGAAUUUAUCCGACUUUGGUGGAAUAUACAACUUAUCUCCAAUCAAUAUGGUCGACCUGGACGUGCAGCUUUGAAAUAG